UGGCCUCUGAUUGUGCUCCAUGUCCUAGCAGGCUAGCAGGCUGCCAGGGUGACCUCAACCUCUCCAGGGCCCCCUUCUCGAUGCCAGCUAUGAGUUCCUGCAACUUCACACAUACCACCUUUGUGCUUAUUGGUAUCCCAGGAUUAGAAGAAGCCCAUUUUUGGAUCGGCUUCCCCCUGCUUUCAAUGUAUGCUGUGGCAGUGUUUGGAAACUGCAUCGUGGUCUUCAUCGUAAGGACAGAGCGCAGCCUACACGCACCCAUGUACCUCUUUCUCUGCAUGCUGGCAGCCAUUGACCUGGCCUUAUCCACAUCCACCAUGCCCAAGAUCCUCGCCCUCUUCUGGUUUGAUUCCCGAGAGAUAACCUUUGAUGCCUGCAUUACCCAGAUGUUUUUUAUUCAUGCUCUUUCAGCUAUUGAGUCUACUAUCCUUCUGGCCAUGGCCUUUGACCGUUAUAUAGCCAUCUGCCACCCACUGCGCCAUGCAGCAGUGCUCAACAAUACAGUAACAGCCCAGAUUGGCAUGGUGGCUGUGGUCCGUGGAUCCCUCUUCUUUAUCCCACUGCCUCUGCUCAUCAAACGUCUGGCCUUCUGCCACUCCAAUGUGCUCUCACACUCCUAUUGUGUGCACCAGGAUAUGAUGAAGUUGGCCCAUGCAGACACGUUGCCCAAUGUGAUCUAUGGUCUUACUGCCAUUCUGCUGGUUAUGGGCGUGGAUGUCCUCUUCAUCUCCUUGUCCUAUUUUCUAAUUAUACGAACAGUUCUACAACUUCCUUCCAAGUCAGAGCGGGCCAAGGCUUUUGGAACCUGUGUGUCACACAUCGGUGUGGUAUUGGCCUUCUACGUUCCUCUCAUUGGCCUCUCAGUGGUACACCGUUUUGGAAACAGCCUUGAUCCCAUUGUGCACGUUCUCAUGGGUGAUGUUUAUCUACUUCUGCCUCCUGUGAUCAAUCCCAUCAUCUACGGUGCCAAGACCAAACAGAUCAGAGCUCGGGUGCUAGCUAUGUUCAAGAUCAGCUGUGACAAGGACCCUCAGGCUGUGGGGAGCAGGUGA